UAUGAAUUUUGUUCAUUCUUGUUUCAAUUGAUCGCGAGCAACACCUAAUUGAUCAAACUAUGCAUCACCUGCGUCACGCAUUUUGCGAUUAAGCGACGCUCGUUAGAACUAAAGAAAAAUCCGAUAAUUUUUCACCAUCACAGUAUCAACAAAUCAGACCAAAGUUCUUGCCGCGGCCGCAGAAACCUAUCUAUUCGUUUGGUUGUUGUUUAUUCGCUAUAAAAACACGCCGCGAAUCAAAAUGAUUACGAUAAUCGACAGCAGUAACACCAAUACACUCCAGUCCGGGCUAGAACGCAUUUAUCGCGAUAUUACCACCUAUUCUUCACCAACACUACGUGCGCGCCUCUCUAGUAGUUACUAGCGAGCGAAGCGGCUGCGAUCGCGACUGGCUUAUUACCUCACACAUUCGCACCUUUACUUCACGGCUUGGUAGAUCUGACAGCGCAGCGUACGAGCAAGCGCAAGCGAACGGGGCAGCGAAGUAAACUAUUACAGCGCUUGAACCGGCUGACCGCAAUCUGAAGUCCACUCAUUGUUGGCCAACAUGACGACAGAUAAAUUUAUCCUUUACGGUGGACCAGAUCCGGUGGAAUUGCUACAGGAUGGAUCGCUUGGGGAGAUGAUCAUACGAGACCUGAAGCAGAGGCCAUCGAAUAUUGGUUUGAUUGACCCGCUCUCGGAAACGGAACUGAGUUAUCAAGAUAUUUUGGAAAAGUCUGUCCAGGUUGCGACCGCACUAUUGGAACUGGGUGUUAGAAAAUCCGACACGGUGGCGAUUGUCAGCGUAAAUUGUUUGGAAUACUGUCUGGCGAUGUUUGGAACCAUUUUCAGUGGAGCCACAUUGGCGCAAUUCAAUCCUGCUUACUUGGAAGCUGAGCUCGAGCAUGCAAUCAACAUGACGAAACCGAAAAUAAUAUUCGUUUCCCCAGACGUUGCCAGUAAAGUGACCGCCGUCAACCGAAAAAAUCACUUUGCGAAACACUUGAUUGUUUUCGAUGACGGUGCAAACUUUCGAGACGGUACACUUUCCUUUGCCAAACUCAUCAAACGACGCAACGUGGAUGUUCAAAACUUUCGCCCCGAGCCGGUAGACAAGCAGAACCACGUAGGAUUAAUUUUGCUCUCGUCCGGAACCACCGGACUGCCGAAAGGAGUGCAGCUAACACAUGCCAAUAUUAUGACCACGAUCGCACAUUCCAAAGAGCAGGCAAAGCUGUUCGACCUACCGGAGCAGCUGGUGUCACUGGCCGUGACUCCUCUCUUUCACGUUCUGGCAAGUGUCGGGCUGAUCAAUAUGGUCACGAACAAUUGCCGGUGCGUUUUGCUGCCCAAAUUUGAUGCCCAAUUAUUUCUGGAAAGUAUCCAGAAGUACAGGGUUAAUCUAAUGUCCGUUGUUCCUCCGCUGAUGGUAUUUCUGGCCAAGCAUCCCAUGGUUGAUAAUUACGAUUUAUCCUCGCUGAUGACUUUAUUCUGCGGAGCUGCUCCCCUCAGUAAAGAAAUCGAGGAUCAGGUUCGGGAGCGGUUGGGGAUUGCUUUCGUACGUCAGGGCUAUGGAAUGACCGAGACUACCUACGUGAUGUUGAUGCAAAGUGGAUUCGAAAACAAACCCGGCUGCGUGGGUAAGAUUCGAAUGGGACAAUGGGUGAAGGUUAUCGAUCCUGAGAGUGGCAAUAUUCUGGGCCCGAACCAGCAGGGAGAGCUGUGCUUUAAAGGCUCGUUGAUCAUGAAGGGUUACGUGGGAAAGGAGAGUGCAAUCGAUGCCGAAGGUUGGCUGCAUACAGGCGACAUCGGGUACUACGAUGAGGACGAGGAUUUCUUCAUAGUGGAUCGGAUUAAGGAGCUUAUAAAGUAUAAAGGCUUUCAAGUCGCGCCCGCUGAGCUGGAGGCUAUUCUGUUGAAGCAUCCGGGUGUGAAGGACGCUGCCGUUAUUGGCAUUCCGAACGAACGGGUCGGGGAACUGACGACGGCAUUCGUCGUGAAAGAAACCGACGAAAAGGUCACCGAGAAGGACAUCAUAAAAUUCGUAGCAGAACGCGUUUCGCACCAAAAACAAUUACAUGGAGGAGUAAGGUUUAUAGCGCAGGUACCGAGGACAGCGAGCGGUAAAAUUUUACGCAGGAAGCUCAGAUACGCGGCCAGCUCGGGUGCUAAUCGGGCCAAAUUAUGAUCGUAUAUUCCGAAUCAUGUUUUUAGGUUAAGUACAAUGAUUAAAUUGCCACAUAUCUUGUCUUCUGCGAUCUGAAACGGCAAGCUACGGGCCUUCGCGGCCAGCUCGGGUGCUAAUCGGGCCAAAUUAUGAUCGUAUAUUCCGAAUCAUGUUUUUAGGUUUAGUACAAUGAUUAAAUUGCCAAAUAUCUUGUCUUCUGCGAUCUGAAACGGCAAGCUACGGGCCUUCAAUCUACCAAUACGGUGUGUGGAAGUUUACUAUAAAAUAAAAAGAGUCUGCUUUCGGGCGUUUGCUUUACAA